AUGUAUGACAAUGGAAAUGUCACAGUGGGUGACGUUAUGUUCGUUCCAGGCGAGUUCAUCCUUAGGCAAAUGGCUUAUGGAACUAUAAAAUCCUCGGCUCAUCCAUCCCAUACGACAGAUGUAUAUUCUAGUACGGCACAUCCAUCCCAUACAACAGAUGUAUAUUCUAGUACGCACAUCUAUCCCAUACAACAGAUUACGGCACAUCCAUCCCAUAUAACAGAUGUAUAUUCUAGUACGGCACAUCCAUCCCAUACAACAGAUGUAUAUUCUAGUACGGCACUUCCAUCCCAUACAACAGAUGUAUAUUCUAGUACGGCACAUCCAUCCCAUAUAACAGAUGUAUAUUCUAGUUCGGCACAUCCAUCCCAUACAACACAAGUAUAUUCUAGUACCGCACAUCCAUCCCAUACAACAGAUGUAUAUUCUAGUACGGCACAUCCAUCCCAUACAACAGCUGUAUAUUCUAGUACGGCACAUCCAUCCCAUAAAACAGAUGUAUAUUCUAGUACGGCACAUCCAUCUUAUACAACAGAUGUAUAUUCUAGUACGGCACGCCCGUCCCAUGCAACAGAUGUAUAUUCUAAUACGGUACAUCCGUCCCAUACAACAGAUGUAUAUUCUAGUACGAUACAUCCAUCCCAUACAACAGAUGUAUAUUCUAGUAUGGCACUUCCAUCCGUAUCAACAGAUGUAUAUUCUAGUACGAUACAUCCAUCCCAUACAACACAUGAAUAUUCUAGUACGGUACAUCCAUCCCAUACAACAGAUGUAUAUUCUAGUACGGCACACCCAUCCUAUACAACAGAUGUAUAUUCUAGUGUGGGUCUUAAGUAUAUGUAUAUAUGA